UAUCGCUUUCAAAUCUCAAAAGUGUUGAGAUGUUUAAAUUUGUAAUUCUCACUUUUGACAACAUUUGUAAAAAGAAAAUGAAAAAAAAUAUAUAUAUUUAAAAUCUGGAACAAAACAUAUUAACAUUCAGCAACGAAAUUUCUCGCACACUUUUGCUGUUGACGACUAAUCCACACUAACGCUGGUGCAAUGCUCUUUCUGUAAACCAAAUGUGUAUAACGCAAAAUUGCUUUUCCAUCGAAAAUGUGUUCUAAACGGUGCAAACAUACCUUUAAAGAGCGAAUACCCAGUUGUGGCAUAGAACGCAGAACACAUGAAUGUCCAAUACCAUUACCUGCGUGCAUAUUACAGAGAGACGAAGCUAUUGACUGUGAUAAGUGCAGGCCACUGAAUGGUGCGCAUGAGCAUAUAUGCUUGUGCAAACCAGAUCAGUCGGGGUCAAAACAUUCAAGUCAACAUGAAACGCCAACUAUAUCGGAAUCUCAGUCGUCGCAACAACAAAAUAGCGUAGAAUUUCAGCAAUCAACUGAAUAUACAAAUAAUGAGCCUAUUAACGGGACUGUCAGUCGUGAAAACACAAACAAUCAAGUGUCUACUAUAGCUUACAGCAAGCAAGACAAGAUUUCUCCAACACAUAUAAGAUACAUGGACGAAUGGGAGGCAAUGGGUGUUAUGUUGGCGACAAAUGGUCGUGUUUGGGGAUUAGAAGAUAAGGGCUUUGCACGAAAAUACAAGGCCGCCUUAAGCGCGGUAAAUACUAAAUUUGAACAGGAAGCCGCCAAUAUGGCUGGACAUUCAACAUAUUAAUGUCAAUAAUAAGAAUAUUAUAUCGCGACCUUAAGAUUAAAUUAUAGAUCCAAUAUUAAGCGAUUUCUUGAAAACAUACCAUUUAAAGUAUUAAAAAGUAUAAACAAUGUAAAACUUGGAACUGAUUUAGAGAAGAAUUGUGAAUUUGGCUGAAAAACUCCCAUUUGAAUCAAAAUUUUACUAUAAAAGCAAUAAUAAUAAUUUUUGAUGAAACAAUAAAUAAACAAAUUUAAGAACCCGCAA